GUCACGGUCUUCCAACAGCCAAAUUACUUGGCGAAUUUCGUCCAGGCAACCUUCAAUUCACUUCCCGCUGACAAGAUCCAGGGCUGCACUCUCGUGGUUUCCGGUGACGGUCGGUACUAUUCCAAGGACGCGGUUCAGAUUAUCGCCAAGCUCGCAGCCGGUAAUGGAGUUCGCCGGAUCUGGGUGGGUCAGGACAGCCUCCUCUCCACGCCCGCUGUGUCUGGAAUCAUCCGCGAUCGCGUCGGCAUCCAGGGGGACAAGGCGUACGGAGCGUUCAUUCUCACAGCGAGCCACAACCCCGGUGGGCCGCAUGAGGACUUUGGCAUCAAGUACAACUGCGAGAACGGAGGGCCGGCUCCUGAAGGCUUGACCAACCAGAUCUACCAGCACACCACUACCAUCUCCGAGCUCAAGAUCGCAGAAGGCCUGCCCGAGGUGGACAUCAGCACCAUCGGGCUGCAGUCAUUUGAUGGCCCGAAUGGCAAGUUCGAGGUGGAGGUGUUCGACUCCGCUGAGGACUACAUCAAGCUCAUGAAGACCAUCUUCGACUUCGAUGCCAUUCGGGCGCUCCUCAAGAAUCCCAAGUUCUCGUUCCUGUUGGAUGGGCUGCACGGUGUGGCGGGAGCAUACGCAGAGAAGCUGUUUGUGCGCGAGCUGGGAGUGUCAGCCUCGUCCCUUGUCAACUGCGUGCCAAAGGUACGUCCUGCCUCUUGUCUCUUGCUACUGCCCUACACUCUCGCCAUCCCCU